AAUUAUUCAGAAGAAGAAGAAAUCAAUGAAAUCAUAAAAUUGGCAGUAGAUGCUUAUAGAGCAUCAGAUAAAGGAAGUAAAGCCUGGUUAGAACAUGUGGAACAAGAAAUAGAAUCAAAAAAAAUUGAGGCUGGGAUGACUGAAAAGCGGGCUCAAGAAAUUUUAAAUACGAUCGAUAAUGGCGAGUUCUUAAUAAGGGUAAAAUUCAUUCGAGAUGAUUCUGUAUAUGGAGAUAAAUUUCAAACAACGAUUGCUUUUAAAAUUAUUGAUAAAUAUGAGCUUAUUCGUGAAUCAAAAAAGGCAGGAAUAGAUGAAAAAUUUUUGGUUAGAGAAGUCAGUGAGCAAUCUGAGGUAGGGAAGCUUGACAGUAAUGCAGUAGUAUAUGGAUUAUAUCGAAUCCGAAAGCCAGAUGUCAAUCGAUUAAUACCUAUGAAAGAUGGAGCACUUAACUGUGUAGCUCAACGAGUAAUAGAGCAUUUUGAUAACACUAAACGAGGACAUGGACUCACAGAAAUUCGUGCUCGAGUACAAGAUGUAGCAGAGUUAGAAAAAAUUCUUAACCGACCGAUUAAAUUACUUGAUAUAACUCAUAGUACUAUAUUUAAUAGUGGAAAGUAUCGAUCAGGUAAGUAUGAAGAAAUCGGAAUGGGUGAUACAUGGGAAGCUAUCAGUAAUAUCCUUAGGGGACCUCAAGCAAUCUGGCUUAUGGGAGUGGGGAUACGAGUCAAACAAUAUCCCAAUUGGCAAUAUCAAGAAGGAAUAAUCAAUAAGGAAAAGAAAUCGAUUCUUUCAGAAUCUCUAAAAGUUGUUGAUUUAGCAGAGCAG